AUGAUUAUCGGAACUUUCAAUAUCAGAGGAGGUGGUAGCUUGAUUAAGCGAAAGAGAAUUAGUAAAAUAAUAAGGGAAGGAAGAGCAGACGUCUUUCUGAUCCAAGAAUCAAAAUUGGAGACAGUGAGUCCUAGUUUGAUUAACAGCAUCUGGAGUUGUGAUAGUGUUGGUUGGUCUUCGAUCGAUUCAGAAGGCAGAUCUGGUGGUAUUAUAACUCUUUGGAAUACCAACACAGUGGAAGUCAUUCUAAGUUUUAAAGGGAAGGGUUUUCUGGGCAUUAAGGUGAAAUGGAGAGAUUACACUUUCUACAUUGUUAAUAUCUAUUCUCCUUGCUCUUUGCCUUUAAAGAAGAAAUUAUGGAGGGAUCUCUUAGAAGCUAAAGCUAAGUUCUCUGAUGGAGAAUGGUGUCUUGCGGGAGACUUUAACUCUGUGUCUAAUAGCAGGGAAAGAAAAGGUAACUGCCAUCUCAUUAGACGUUCUGAAAUGACUGGUUUUUCAGGUUUUAUUGAAGAUUGUAACUUGAUUGAUGUCCCUACGAAAGGUAAAAGGUUUAGUUGGUACGGUGGAAAAGGAGGAGCGAUGAGCAGGUUAGAUCGUUUCUUAGUUUCUGAGAACCUGAUUGCUAGCUUGAAGAUUGUGGGGCAAUGGAUAGGAGAUAGAAAUAUUUCAGAUCACUGUCCUAUAUGGCUCAUGAUUGAUGACUCAAAUUGGGGACCUAAGCCUAAUCGUGUUAAUAAUGACUGGUUUGAGAACAAGGAUUUCUUUUCUUUUGUAGAAAGCGAAUGGAAGAAUAUUAAUAUCGUAGGAAGAGGAGACUACGUUAUUAAAGAAAAACUGCGUUUGUUGAAGAGUAUGCUUAUGGUGUGGAACAAGGAAGUCUUUGGCAAGAGGGACUUGGAGAUUGAAGAAGACAUAAGGGCCAUUAAUGAGGCAGACAAACUUCUUGAAUCCUGCAGGGAGGAAGCUUCGGAAGAGAUUCUAGCCAUUCGCAGUGAAGCUACCAGCCGUAUGUGGAAGGACAUCAGAGUCAAGGAGAACUUGAUUUUUCAGAAAUCUAGAUCGAAGUGGGAGAAUGAAGGAGAUAUUAAUAGCAGAUACUUUCAUAGUUUGUUGAAGGAAAGGAGAAGAAGAAAUUUUAUAGGAGGAUUGCCUACUCCUUCUGGCAUAGCUCACUCGGUUCUGGAUGUAAAGGCGGAAGUUCUGAGUUUCUUUACGGCUGCGUUCAAAGAAGAGGAAGAUCAGCGCCCUGUUCCCGAAGGUUUGCUCUUUAAUUCUUUGUCUCCAGAGGAAUCUUCCUCUUUGGAGCUGCCUUUUUCUGAAACUGAAAUCAAAGAUGCAGUUUGGGCUUGCAACAGUUCCAAAAGUCCGGGGACCGGACGGAUACAAUUUCUUUUUCAUCAAGAAGUGCUGGACUUUCUUGAAAGAUGA